AUGUUUCCAAGACUGACCCGAUAUCCUUCGUUUUCAUCUCGGUUGCUUCGAACAGAUACACUUGUGGAUCGUACUCAAACAGGUGUAGGGAGACGAUGUCUCCAUCUGGCACCUCCAUUCCUGCUCGACGACUAUACCCCAAGACAUCAAUUACUCUCCUCCAUUGAUGCCUCCAAGAAGAGAUCUGCUGCAUAUGCGCACCUUUCGAAGUGUAAUUUGUGCCCUCGACUAUGCAAUGUGAAUCGAUACGAGAAACCUGGGGCUUGCUUGAUUGGAGCUGAGACGGUAAAAGUCAAUGUUAUUGCUCCACAUUUUGGAGAAGAACCCUGUAUGCAAGGCCACAAUGGCUCUGGAAGUGUGUUCUUCUCCGGAUGCAAUCUCCGCUGUGUAUUCUGUCAGAAUCAUGACAUUGCCCAUCAACGUAACGGCCAAGACUUGACUCCCGAAGAACUUGGAGAUUGGUACAUCAAGCUUCAGGAUGUCGGAAAAGUACACAAUAUCAACUUGAUCACUCCUGAGCAUAUUGUUCCCCAGGUCGUUCUUUCAAUACUCCACGCUCGCGAUCACGGCCUGAAGCUUCCAAUUAUUUACAACACUUCGGCGUUCGAUUCUCUGGCAUCUAUCGAACUGCUUGAUGGAUUGGUGGAUAUCUAUCUUCCCGACUUCAAGGUCUGGAAUGCUAGUACCUCCAAGCGCCUGCUGAAAGCCGACGAUUAUGCAGCCGCCGCCAUGGAAAGCGUCAAGGCUAUGCAAGCCCAAGUUGGAGACUUAUGCUUCACGCCUGAUGGUAUUGCCAAGAAGGGAUUACUUGUCAGACACUUAGUCAUGCCUGGCUAUGAGUCGGAAGGCGAAGAAAUCAUGAAAUGGAUGGCAAGCAACGUCUCAAAAGAUGUCUUUGUCAAUAUCAUGGAGCAGUAUCACCCAGACGCUCACGUUGGGAAAGCGAAGCAGCCUCGUCGGUCAGCAGUAAAGCCUGUACAUGUAGGCGAGGAGCCUUUAUCAGAGAGGGCAGUACGGUACGAAGAGAUCAACAGACACGUCACGAAAGAAGAGGUCUCUACAGUCAGGAUGGCUGCUGAGAAAGCAGGACUAUGGCGAUUCUGCGAUCCUCCAAAGCAUGAUGGCUUUGCAUUGUGA